AUGUGGGCGCUGCGGGCGCUGUGCCUGGCCGGGCUGGGGGCGGCCAUCGGCGGCGGGGCCGCGGAUCAGUGCAGCUGGAGGGGCAGCGGGCUGUCACAGGAGGCUGGCAGCGUGGAGCAGCUGUCCCUGCACUGUGCCGAGGGCUCGCUGGAGUGGCUGUACCCCACGGGGGCCCUCCGCCUCCGCCUGGCCCCCCGCCUGCCGCCCACCAGCGCCGCCGUCAAGGGCCGGAGCCCCCCGCGCGUCACCGCCUGCAUCAAGCCCAGCGCGACCUUCCGGGGGGCUCAGCUCUACCUGGAGAGGGAGGGGGGCCUGGAGCUGCUGCUGCCCGAGGCGCCCCGGCCCCACGCCCGCUGCUUCAGCUGGCUGCCCCACGAGAAGGUGGCGCUGUUCCUGCAGGCCACCCCGCAGCCCGACAUCAGCCGCCGCAUCGCCGCCUUCCGCUACGAGCUGCGGGGGGACUGGCUGGCCCGGCCCGCGCUGCCCUCCGCCAGCCUCGGCAGCGAAGGUGCGUGCCGGCCGUGCAAUGACACCGAGAUACUGAUGGCCAUUUGCACUAGUGACUUUGUCAUCCGCGGCAGCAUCCGGAGCGUGUCCAACGACGCCGAGCUGCAGGAAUCCAUCAUCGGGGUGAGCGCCACGCGCAUCCACCGGCAGAAAUUCCCGCUGUUCCAGGCGGGCGGGCGGCCGGGCCGGCCCGUGGGCAGCAUCCGCACCCCCCUGCGCUGCGGGGUCCGGCCGGGCCCCGGCUCCUUCCUCUUCACGGGCUGGCUGCACUUCGGGGAGGCCUGGCUGAGCUGCGCUCCGCGCUACCGGGACUUCCAGCGCAUCUACCGGGGCGCCCAGCGCACGCACCAGAACCCCUGCGAGUUCCCCGUGGACUGAGUGGCUCCGGGAGCGCCGGGGGAGCCGGCUCUGCCUCACCGAGAGCAUCCCGGGGACACGGGGACGGUGCCUGGAGGGAGCGUGGCACACGGAGCUGGGCUGGGCAGGGGCAGCACCCGCCGGCGGGCUGGGGGGUUUGGGGAAAUCCUGCUGGAAGGAAAGGGAUUUGCCCAGGGUGCCCAGGGAGCUGCCUGGGUGAGGGGUGCAGCAGAAUGGGGAGCGGGGUGCUGCAUGCUCAGGGGGUGCUGUGGGCACAGUGGGUCUGGCCAGACCCCGGCAGGGCUCGGGGCGGGUGGCCGUGGUGGCCGGUCCAGGGACACGGAAGGCACGGAAGGGAGUGGAAGGGCCAGGAGAUGGAUCUGUAAGGUUGGGGGUGGAAGGGGGAGCAGGCAGCGGUGAGCCUGGCCCUGGCACGGGCAGGAGCUGCGGGGCGGAUGCCGAGGAAGAGGAGAGAAGCUGAAGGGAGUGAAGGGAACAGUGAGGUGGGAGGAAGGCAGGUGGGGGAGCAGAGGUGUCCUUGGCACGGUCAGGGCAGGACCAAAGCACUGACAUAGGAAGGUGCCACGGGAACAGGGAGAGGUGACAGUGCCACCGUCCCUGGCAGCCCUGGGUGAGCAGGGCAGGCCGUGCCAGCCGCGGGGAACUUUGGACCUGGGGGUGGGGGGCAUCGUAUGUGCACUAAAGUUAUAACGAUACCAAAUUUGUGACUUCUUUUUUAUAAACUAAGCUGUAUUUGUA